CAGAAGGGAGAAGCUGUAAAAGCUGAGAUCUGUGGUGCUGUCUUCGCAGCCAGGAUCAGGAAGUAUGUGGAAAAGCAUGCUCGAAUGAAGAUCGAGAGAUGGUUCCAUCUACUUGACAGUCAAACGGUCUUGGGAGCCAUUCAAAGAGUCAGUUAUGGGUACAAAACCUUCUUUGCAAAUAGAGUGGGUGAAAUCCAGAAGGCUGGACAAGUGCAAGACUGGUGGUGGAUCCGUGGGGAUCUAAACAUAGCUGACAUCAUAACAAGAGGGGGUGCUCCUGAAGAUUUGAAGGAGAAUUCCACAUGGCAAAAUGGACCAGAGUUCCUAAAGUGGCCAGUGGAGGAGUGGCCUAUAAAAUCAGCUGGAGAGGUUGCAGCUCAUGCCAGGGAGAGUGUAAACAAGCUCCAGAGGAAGGCAUUCUCAGGUGCAUUAACAAGUGCUCAAGCAAGAAGUAGUCAGCAGAAAGAAGACCUACAAGGCACUCAGGAAAGUCAACUCUAAGCAGACUGACAGUGUACAAAGAUGUGAACUCUGGGCUGCUAGUUUGUGGAGGCAGAAUUCAGACAUUCAACGAAGAUAAGACAGCAGUGCCAGUUUUACCCUUUGAAGCAUGGGUGUCUACACUGCUGGCACAAGAAUCCCACAAAGCAAAUCACGAGGGAGUGGCGGGAACCCUUCUCCGGAUGAGGAAGAAAGCCUGGGUAAAUUCAAUCCAAAGGGAGACCCUGGAGAUUUCCAGUUUGAUGGCUACCCUUACAAAAGACUUAAACAUAUUCAAGCAGAGUUAAGCCAUUUCUGGAAGAAGUGGAGCCAAUUGGCUGGACCUAAUCUGUUCAUAAGGAACAAAUGGCACACCAAAGAGCGAAAUGUUGCUGUUGGAGAUGUGGUCUGGUUGGCUGACCAAAACGCCCUAAGAGGACAGUACAAGCUGGCUAGAGUGGUCGGUGUCAAUGCUGACAGCAAAGGCAUCGUAAGAGAUGUGCUUGUGAAGACUUUUCCCAGCUAUCCUGUUCACCUCACAAAGUCAAACAGCAAAAAAGGGCCCACAAGAGCAAACGGUGAAAGAACGAAGAGGCUUCAAACCAAAAUCCCAGCCACAAUUCUUCAUAGAGAUGUCAGACGCCUUGUCAUUCUACUUCCCAUUGAAGAACAAACAGAGGUGUGAAGGGCUUGUGUGACCUCUCUGGAUUUGAAAAAAACAGGAGCUUAAGUGGGAGGUGUUGAGCUGAAUCUCAGGAGUGAGUCAAAGAACUACACUUCCCAGAGUGCACCAGCAGCAGCAAACCGGCUGCUUGUCACCUGAUCAGUCAUUUUCACUGAUUUGGAGCACCUGUGAAGGCAUGGAGGGGCUCAGUCAUUCAGAAGAACACAUUUCAGAGAGAAGACUCCAAGUUCAGUCACAGGUUCAGUCCAAAGACGCCAAUGGUGGCUGUGUCCUUAUCCUCAGUAGGAAUUUUGUCCAGUAUGCUUGCUUUGCAUUAUUUGGAAUCCUUGCUUUACAGACUAUUGCCUACAGCAUUUUAUGGGAUCUUAAAUUCUUGAUGAGGAACCUGGCCCUGGGCGGGGGGCUCCUGCUGUUGCUAGCCGAGUCGCGCGGGGAGGGGAAGAGCAUGUUUGCUGGGGUGCCGUCCAUGGGAGAGCACUCGCCCAAGCAGUACAUGCAGCUGGGAGGACGGGUUCUCCUGGUGCUCAUGUUCAUGACCCUGCUGCACUUUGACCCCAGCUUAAUCUCUAUUCUGCAGAACCUGGUGGGCACAGCUCUGAUUGUGCUGGUGGCAAUCGGCUUCAAGACCAAGCUGGCUGCCCUCACCCUGGUGCUGUGGCUGUUUGCAGUCAACGUAUACUUCAAUGCCUUCUGGACGGUGCCCACCUACAAGCCCAUGCACGACUUCCUCAAGUAUGAUUUCUUCCAGACCAUGUCGGUGAUCGGUGGGCUGCUGCUGAUUGUUGCACUGGGGCCUGGCGGGGUGUCCAUGGACGAGAAGAAGAAGUUGUGGUGAGACUCGACCCAAGUUACCAGGAACGGGACCCCCCCCCCCAUGGCCUAAGCAGUACGCACCUCCUCCCUCCCCUCAGCACUGUUUCAUUCUCCAUCUGUCGCACUCCCUCUCACUAACUUCUCCGGGACUGUCCUCCACAGGCACUUUUACAAAUGUUUUGCAGUCUUUAUUUUGCUACUGUAGCUCGUCGUGACAUGGCCAUCGCUCGAUUUGGGGAUAUCCAAGACAUCGCUUUUUUUAUAUAUCUUUUUGUUUAGUGACCAAUUUUCUAGGUAUUGUCUUUUAACGGUGUAUUUGUACCAUUUAUAUACUGUAAUUGUUUCAUGCUUCAUUUGCUAUUUUUUUUGUGCAUCUUUUGUCUAUGCUUUCGAUAAUGCCAGCCCCUAACCAAAGACACAAGCCACUGUUUUAGAGGACACGUUUUACACUAUUGUGUAUAAAUUAUGGUGAUUUGCUUUUGUGCUGAUUUGAGAAUAGAUACAUUACUAUAUUUAUGGUCAGGUUUUUUCUAUGAGGGGGCAAAUACAGUACUUUCUAUCAAAUAUUUUAGGUUAGGAAGGGAUAAAAAAGAGUACUAUUGGCAAGUCACAAUUUGAAAGUUAAAUGAAAAAGCAUGAUAGCUGCUUUUUUUUGUAUUUGUCUUAGUUAUUCUAUUUGUGUGCCUAUUCAAAUGCCUUGUAGACUCCCAUGAACACCUCAGGCCUAUCCAUCUCAUGUACAGACAUUUUCACAUGAGGGGAUUUCUAUUCUGUUCUUUAUUUUGUUACAAGUAUAAUGAUUCCUCAUUGCCUGUUAAACUAUUCCAUAUGACAAAUGUGAGUGCUGUCAGUUGAGUCCAACGUUUACAAUUGGUUAAUUAUAGUAUUCUAUGUCAUCCAGCACAACAGGGCAAUUUAGCUUUAUCAUUGGUCUCACUGUGUUCUUCCAUUUUUAAAAAAUAAUGAUUUUCUAUUGUUUUUGUUUAUAAAUCAUAAACAAAAGAAUAAACUGUGUUUAUUAUGGCUAAAUGUGUA